GUUUGCCUAGAUUUGUGUGUUAACGCCACUCCUUCCAGCAACUUGGCCAUCUUAGUUUAAUUUUCAUGUCAUUGAUUACUUGUUUGCACAAAUUAAUGAGUGAUUAUUCAACAUAGGCUUCAAGUAGGCUACUUUACAGGCCUAGCCUACUAUUACUAGAGUAUUACUAGAUUACUACACGUUUGAAAUCGUCUGUGUUACGUUCGCUAAUUGCAUAGUAUUUAAGCACUUCUCGACUAAUGUCCCCAUACAGACUAUAGGACACCCCUCCCCCCAACAUUUUGGCGGUUUGGCUGCACUCCCUUUUCCACUCUCGCACUCCCGGUCUCAUCAGACUCAAGUCCCCAAAUAGACUAUAAGAACGGAUCCCCCCACCCCACCCCAGAUGCUUUUGGCGGGCUCAGUUUUACAACUAGGCUAUAUCAGCACUUUUUGUAUUCCAUAGGUUUAGUCUAAAACAUUUCUAAUUGAUGAUACCGGAAUAUAAACAAUUAAAUUAAUGAAAAUAAAAAUGUAUUAAUUUCGGUUAUUUUAUUUCAAACAACGCAAGAGAUUCACGUCCAAUCAGCAGCGAUCUAUCCCACAACGUCUUUCUUCUACAACAAGAAGUACUUUGACAAGCGCCAUUUUGAUGAAACCAGGAGUAGGUGAAACGUGGAGGAGAGGACACGUGUGUGCUGUAAAUGUAAGUUUAAUGUUCUGUCUUGUAUUGCUUUAUACUUGAGAAACAUAUUUUUGAUAGAACAGCAGGGUAGUUCUUGUUGCUACGUUAUAAUCGCAUUAACGUUAGGUUAGUUACUGGAUACGAGUCUAACACCACUCCGCUGGUACUACGGUAGUAAGUGUUGAAUUAAUGCGAUGUAUAACGUUAUACUUUUACUUUUGACGGCUUUGAUCCUCGAAGCCUGCAUGCUUAAACCAUGUAACGUUUCAGCAAGCCAACUACCAAAUGUUAUUAAGAUGGCAAGCAAACGAAGUUCGCACGUUAGCAAAUUACCUACAAAUAGACGUUAGCAUAGAUGGUCUAACAGGGGACAUGUCUGCACGCUGGCAAGUUCACCUAACGUUGCCUGACAAAACCAGACAGCAUGCUAAUGAAGUAAACACUUUAGCAAGUUAGAAAGUUAUCAAAAAAAGUAGAGACCUUGCUACUGUUAAUAAGUCAAUACUUUAGCGAGCUAUCAUAAUGACAAAGUAGCUUAACAGCCUAGUUAUACAGACAUUAGGCUAACGUUAGAGAUAUUAAGUUGUUUUCCCCCCAUGAUGUCAGUCUUAUAUUCUUCUAUUAUUAUCUCCUUAGAUAUUACUUGUUGAGCAUGUGAAAUGACAAGUACCAACUCGGAGAGGUUCUUAAAACGAAUUUUAGUUUUGCGCCAGCAUCACUCAAAGUGUGAAUCCCUCUAUGAUAAAAUGGCAACCAUGGGGAAGCAGGAGAGCGAUGCAGAAUCGGGAUACAAAACGGAAGGCCCAAAAAGAACAACAAAAGUACGAAAUAACAGUGCUUCAGAAUUAGUUCCAGAGCUACAGCGAACGGAAAGUGUGUUUCUCACAAAAGAGAUGCUGGGCAUUCCAAGGGAUUCUUUGCCCAGCAGUGAAGAUAGUGGCAGCGAGGACGAUUAUGUUCCGGACUCAAAUAGCAGCAGCUCAGAGGAGCCCAGUGAUGAGGAACCUGCAAAGAAGGUCAGGCCCAAAGUUUCUUCUGCCAAGUCCAGUGAUGAGGAACCUGCAAAGAAGGUCAGGCCCAAAGUUUCUUCUGCCAAGUCCAGUGAUGGCACAACAACAACAUCCUUUUCUGCCACUGACAAUGAGAAGUCUUCAAGUGAGUCAGUAGUUGUAAUGAAUGUGAAAAAGAAAUCAGAUGGGUCAAGGGCCUACAGCAAAAGGCAUUUUUGUCUUUUUUGUUCAAAGCCUUAUGCAAAAAUGGCAAGACACUUGGAACAUGUACACAAAAAUGAAGCAGAAGUAGCUGCAGCUGUUAGAUUCCCCAAAAAUUCAAAAUCAAGAAGAAUUCACCUGGACCUUCUGCGCAAAAAAGGAAACCGGGCACACAACAUUGACGUGAUUCGUGAAGGCUCUGGCGUGAUAGUUCCUUGUAAACAAACAAGUGACCGUAAUAUCAAUCCUCAAGAUUUCCUGCAUUGUUUAAGCUGCCAAGGGCUUUUCAAGAGAAGGUUUCUUUGGAAGCAUAUGAAAAGGUGCACUCUGGCUAGACAGUGUGGGGUACUCAAACCUGGCAAAAACAGAAUACAAUCACUCUGUGCAAACGCUCAACCUGUACCAGUGGGAGUAAGUGCUAAGUUAUGGAAGCUCUUAAGUGAAAUGAGUCAGGAUGAUGUUACCCAUGCCGCUAAAAAUGACGUGUGCAUUGUAAAGAUGGGAGAGCAAAUGUUUAACAAAAUUGGCCAUGAUCCUUCAAAACACGAAUACAUUAGGCAAAAGAUGAGGGAGGUUGGAAGACUGCUGUUAGCAGGUACACAGGAAUCCCCAAUGAAGACGAUGGAGGAUUUCAUUCUUCCGUCGAACUUUCCACAUGUUGUGAAUGCUGUGAAGGAUGUAGCAGGCUUUGACAGUAACUCCAAUUCUUUCAAAAUACCUUCACUGGCUUUAAAAUUAGGCCACAGCUUGCAGAAGAUUGCGAGCAUUAUUGAAUGUAAUGCAAUGAUAUCGGGGAAAAAGAAAAUUGUUGAAAAUGCACAACACUUCAAACAAAUUUACCGAACAUGCUGGAAUGAAAAUGUUUCCUCAUCUGCACUGAAAACACUUUCAGAAGCGAAGUGGAACACCCCACAACUGCUGCCAUUCACUGAAGAUGUUAAAAAAAUGCACAUGUACAUGGAUCAAAAACAAAAAGAAGCAUACCAACAGCUAACAAACGAGAAAUCAUCAAGGAACUGGGUUGAUCUAGCUGAGGUAACCCUCGCUCAGCUCAUACUGUUCAACCGUAGAAGAGAGGGGGAGGUGUCAAAAAUGCGCCUAACUGCCUUCACUGAAACUGAUGUGCCAUUGCAUGCAGAUGUAGCUGAGGCUCUAACUGCUCUAGAGAAGAAGCUGUGUGAACACUUCAAAAGGAUUGAAAUUCGUGGGAAGAGAGACAGGAAGGUCCCUCUACUGCUAACCCCAGCAAUGCAGGCGUCCAUGGAAUUGUUAGUGAAGACUCGUGCAUCCUGUGAGGUUCUCGAAAAUAACAUCUAUUUUUUUUCCAGACCUAGACAAGAAACGUUUAUUCGAGGCUACAAGUGCAUUCACCAGUUUGCAAAGGAGUGCCAAGCCAAAUACCCAGAGCGCUUAUCCUCUACGAAAUUAAGGAAACAUGUAUCCACACUUUCCAAGGUUUUGAACCUCAAAGAUACAGAAAUGGAUCAAUUGGCUGAUUUUUUGGGCCACAACAUCGCAGUCCACCGCAAGUUCUAUCGUCUGCCAGAAGGAACACUACAACUGGCUAAAGUUAGUAAAGUCCUGAUGGCCAUGGAAAGAGGGUGCUUAAUGGACUACAAAGGAAAGAAUUUAGAUGAAAUUGAAAUUGAUCCCAAUGAAACAAUUCCAGAGGAGAGUGACCAUUCAGAAAGCGAACUGACGGACGAAGAACUAAGCCCACCUUCUACAUCCUACCUACCUUCAGCUGCUAAGAAACGAACUUCAAAGAAGAAACAGUGCAUGCAAUCAGAGGAAGAGUCCGAGGAUCCAGGUUCAGCUGUUAAGAAACGCACUUCAAAGAAGAAACACUGCAUGCAGUCAGAGGACGAGUCCGAGGAUCCAGGUUCAGCUACUAAGAAACGCACAUCAAAGAUGAAGAGCCAAAGUAAAUGUGAUGAAAUGAACUCCGAUGUUCCAGAUGCAGCAUCCAAGACAUCCUGCCGCAAGAGAAGACCAUGGAGUCAAGAAGAAAUCCGCGCUGUUGAGAAGACCCUGAUGAAAUUUAUCACUACAGGCAGAACUCCUGGGAAGGCAGACUGCGUUUCUUGUAUCAACUCAGCACCUGAAGCACUUAAGUUCCGUGACUGGAUGUCAGUUAAGUUUUAUGUCAAAAAUCGUUGUGUGUCCUACCAAAGAACCACACAGACCCUUUUAUAGCAAUUUGAUAAGAAUGAGUUUGGGGGUGGGAGAUGGGAAUGUGUUCCGUUUUCUUAACAGGGCUUGAGCAUUUCAGAGGACCACACAAUACAUGCCCUGUACUUACACAGUAUUCUUGUUUAUAUUUUAUGUUGGCAGAGGGUCAGCAAUGUUUUUGUCAUUGGUAUUACAGUACAUGCACUUUAUUUUAACAGUACUUAAAUGAUUUUAGGUUGGGAGAGGGUCAAUUGUGUACUUUCGUUGUUAAUACUACAUGCUCAUACAAACAGGCUUUAGAGGAAAAUUAAUGAUGCUCAUGAUUGUAAUAAUGUUGAAGUGUAAAGAGUUGAGUGUGAGAAGAAGGUACGUUGUAUCCUUGUUGACGAGGUUCGUUAAAAAUAUUCUGACAACACAAUUUUUUAAAUUCAUUUUAAUAUUUCUUUUAUUUUCAUUAUUCACUUGGUAUCUGCAAUGCCUGAGUAGAUAUUUUAUAUUGAGAAGGUAUCUGCUUUUUCACAUGGUGUUGACUGUAGCAUUACUAGCACUUUCAGAAAUAAUGUACGCUAAUAACUAUCACAACAAUCUACCUCAUAACGUUCUAAUGAAGUGUGGUUGUGCAUUCUGGCACUGUGUUAAGCAGCCAAUAAAUGUGUUGAUUGCUACUAA